AUGGCCCGCCUCUCGAUUAUCGCGCUUGGGUUGUUGUAUGGUUUGUCAAACAUCCUCGGUGUUGUUGCUGACACGACAACUCUGACGGACCCAGCUAUCGACGGAACUAUUGAUCUUGGUUUCCCGAGCGUUAACAUCACUGCAAUUCUCGCGGAAGCUGAGAAUGAACUUGGUGUUAACGGUACCAUUACGGAUAACCUCCCUGAUGAUGGCUAUGGUGCUCCUGGAACUACGAUCACCGCCCGCGACAUUGAAAAACUUCAAGAGCUUCGCAAAAGAACAUUUGGGAAUUCAAAGGGUAUCUUUGGAGCCAUUGCAUGCCUUUCCUUGAAGAUAAUAUUCCCAACCAAGACGGCUACCCCGGGAAGCUCCAACUACAAUUCAUGGAACAACCCUUCCUUUUGGUCCGCUACUACCUACAUGACACCCACAUGCGUUUUCCGACCUACAUCUGUUGAUGAUGUCUCCUUGGCUAUGCAGCUUAUCUUUAUUUCUCAGUCGGACUUCAAUGUUGUCGGUGGAGGCCACAGCGCGAUCAAAGGAUGGGCGAAUACAGAGGACGGUGUUUUAAUCAUUCUUUCUGGCCUCACUGGAGUCAAAGUUAAAUCUGGAUAUGCAGAAGUUUCCGCCGGUGAGCGUUGGGGCAAUGUUUUCACCGUUCUCGACCAGCACAAACUUAUGGCCCUUGGUGGCCGCAUGUCCCCAGUUGGAGUUCCAGGAUUGGUUCUCGGAGGAGGUAUCAGCUAUUUAACAAACCAACACGGAUUUGUUGCCGAUCAAGUCAAGAAUUUCCAGGUUGUAUUGGCCAACGGAUGGGUUGUGAAUGCAAAUGCAGUCGCAAACGCAGAUCUUUUCCGGGCUCUAAAAGGAGGAAGCUCAAACUUUGGGAUCGUUACACGGAUUGACCUUCAUACUUGGCCUUGCCCUAAGGGUGUUUACAGUGGUCAGCUUUAUUUCUCUGAUACUAGGGACUACCCAAAGAUGUUUGACGCUGUCUACAAGUACCAUACUGUUGGCGCUUUAACCGAUGUUCAAAGCCACUUGAUCUCCGCAUUUGUCUAUGUUCAGAUUCCGGGUCUUGGGGGGAUGCACAUGGGUGCUUUCACUGCUUUCAGGACCAUCUCUGACUCCGAAACCAACCCAGGCCCAGGUCCAGCUCUGCAAGAGAUUGUUGACCUUAACCCUACCGUCAAAAGCUCUUCAACCCUUAAGGUUAGGCCUUACGGGUCCCAGGCUAUUGAACUCGGCAGCGGUGAUGUCAGGGGCCUGCGACAAGACAUGCGAGACUUCUCCGUCUAUGCCGACAAACAACUUUACAUCGACCUCUUCCAAAUUUGGAACUCGACAAUGACGGUAAAGCAUGGUGCCAAAACUGGUUUCAUGGGAACUAUCGCUUUCCAGCCCAUCACCACGAAAGCGAUCGCCGCUGGUGGUCUCCGUGGCGGAAACUCUCUCGGGUUGGAGGGAAACACCAAGACCAUGGCUAUUAUCAACCUGACCCAUCAAUGGCUAGAUCCCACACACGAUAAAGAAAUCCUCGCUUCACUUGACGAGGUCAUGACUAAAUCUAUUGCGUUAGCAAAGGCAAGAGGUUUACACCAUCGAUACUACUACCUCAACUAUGCUCAUAAAGACAGCAACCCAAUCUGUGGCUACGGCAGAGCUUCUGUCGACAGACUCAAGAAGGUUAGCAGAUUCUACGACCCCUGUGGAGUCUUCCAAUCCCGUGUUCCUGGUGGUUUCAAGAUUCCAGAACCAUCGUCUUGCCCCAUUUAA